AUGCAACGCGUGCACGACCACCUUUUGCUGGAGGAGGAAUAUGUCGAGAACAUGGAACGUCUGCGUAAGGCCAAGGCCCAGGGAACGCAAGAAAACGUGAGCCGUGGUGAUCUGGAUGUCAUGGACCGGAAUGCGGACGAGAGGAGUCGCGUGGACGAUAUGCGAGGUAGCCCCAUGGGAGUCGGUAACCUGGAGGAGCUCAUUGAUGAUGACCACGCCAUCGUCUCCAGCGCGACUGGCCCCGAGUACUACGUCUCGAUCAUGUCGUUCGUGGACAAGGAUCUCCUUGAGCCGGGCGCAAGCAUUCUACUGCAUCACAAGUCUGUUUCGGUUGUCGGGGUGUUGACGGAAGAAGCCGAUCCGCUUGUGUCGGUGAUGAAGCUCGACAAGGCACCCACUGAAUCUUAUGCCGAUAUUGGUGGUCUUGAAUCACAGAUCCAGGAAGUUCGUGAGGCUGUCGAGCUGCCUCUGUUACACCCCGAGCUGUACGAGGAGAUGGGUAUCAAGCCGCCCAAGGGAGUAAUUCUGUACGGAGCUCCUGGUACCGGAAAAACCCUUCUCGCCAAAGCGGUUGCCAACCAAACCAGCGCGACUUUCCUGCGUAUUGUGGGUAGUGAGUUGAUCCAGAAAUACCUUGGAGAUGGCCCACGUCUGGUGCGCCAGAUUUUCCAGGUCGCUGCUGAGCACGCCCCGUCGAUCGUGUUCAUCGACGAAAUCGACGCCAUCGGUACGAAGCGCUACGAUUCUACAUCGGGUGGCGAACGUGAAAUUCAGCGGACAAUGCUGGAGCUUCUCAACCAACUGGACGGUUUCGAUGACCGUGGCGAUGUCAAGGUCAUCAUGGCUACCAACAAAAUUGAGAGUCUGGAUCCCGCUUUGAUCCGUCCUGGCCGUAUCGACCGCAAGAUUCUCUUUGAAAACCCUGACCAAAACACGAAGAAGAAGAUCUUCACACUUCAUACUUCCAAGAUGUCUCUGGGCGACGACGUCGAUCUUGAUGAGUUCAUCAACCAAAAGGAUGAUCUUUCCGGUGCCGACAUCCGCGCCAUCUGCACAGAAGCUGGAUUGAUGGCCCUGCGGGAACGACGCAUGCGGGUGCAGAUGGAGGACUUCCGGGCUGCUCGAGAGCGCAUCAUGAAGACCAAGCAGGAUGGCGGACCGAUUGAGGGAUUUCUAAACUGUCAAUCCUCCAACAACUGCAUCGCCACAAUGGAUGACUUUGAUGAGGAAGCGUUCAAAAAAUUCUUCCCGACCAGCUUUGGUAAGCAAGAAAAAGCUACCGAUGUGAACGCCCAGAUUAACCGCACCAAGCGGGCGGAGGUAUCGGUCAAGCCGAAGCAGGUGUUGCAGGACGAACCCGACGAGAAAGAGCGAGAAGUCGCCCCGCGGAGCGAUGGCUUGGAUGAAUCUAGAGGCUCUGACGACGAUGAAAGACACAAUGAUGACGAUGACGAUGAUGACGAUGACGAUUCGGACGACGAUUCGGACGAUGAAGACGAGUUCCCCGUCUCGCAUGAGCUGGUGCUGAAGACACACGAGCGCGCGGUAACAAGCAUGACGGUCGACCCGUCUGGCGCACGACUUAUCACGGGCUCGACAGACUGCACGAUCAAGCUACAUGAUUUUGCGUCGAUGACGCCGUCGACGAUCCGCGCAUUCAAGUCGGUCGACCCGUCGGCUAAGAAACAGUCGGCCGCACAGGAGACGCAUCCGGUGCACCAUGUCGAGUUCAACGCGCUGUCCCCCGGCCAGGUGCUUGUGAUCCCGGCAACGCCGCAGCCGCGGAUCCUCAGUCGGGAUGGAGACGUGCUGACGGAGUUUGUCAAGGGAGACAUGUACCUGCGCGAUCUACACAAUACAAAGGGCCAUGUAUCCGAGGUGACGGCUGGGACAUGGAAUCCGUCGGACUACAACCUGUGUGCGACGGCGGGCUCCGAUAGCACGGUACGCAUCUGGGACGCGAACACCGGGCGGUCGCAGAAGGAAGUGAUUGUUCACAAGUCAAAAGUUGCCGGGUCUGCGGGACGGAGCAAGAUAACGGCCGUGGCAUGGGGCUCACCCAAGCAAGGCGGCCAGAAUGUCCUCGUUGCCACUGCCUUGGACGGGAGUUUGCUAAUGUGGGGUGGAAACGGGCCCUUUACGCGCCCCAGUGCAGAGAUUCGGGAUGCUCAUGCCAGAGACACAUGGACUGGUGGCCUCGAUAUUAGCCCCGACGGCCGGCUGGUCAUCACCCGGGGCGGCGACGAUACCAUCAAGCUCUGGGACACGCGGAAAUUCAAGCAGCCGAUUACGACAGUUACGCACGUAUCAACCUCCGCCCGCUAUCCAUCCUCGAACAUCCGGUUCUCGCCCACAGGCACGAAUGUCAUCACGGGAUCCGAGACCGGCCACCUGCACAUCCUGAAUCCAGCGACGCUGACUCCGGAGCUCGUGACGCCCGUGACGCCCGGGUCGCCGCUGAUCACCGUUCUAUGGCACGAAAAGCUCAACCAGAUCCUCACGGGCUCGGCCAACGCCGAGACGCACGUCCUCUACUCCCCGACCCUGUCAACCAAGGGUGCGGCGCUGGUGCUCUCCAAAGCACCGAAGCGCCGGCACGUCGACGAUAAUCCGGCCUUCACGACCGAUAUCUCGCAGGGUCUGUCGGGCGAUGCGGUCGUGGUCGGCAGCAAUGGAGUACCACACUACAGUUCCGCGACAUGGUCCGCGCGACACCCGAACGUCGGUCUGACAGCCUCGGGUCGCUCGCGCGACCCCCGCCGGCCGCAUCUGCCGGCGCAGACGCCGUUUGCCAAGUCGCAGCCGGACGAGCGACAUAUCCGCGAGAACAUCCCGCUCAGCUCGAUGCGCGACGAAGACCCCCGUGAGGCGCUGCUCAAAUACGCCGAGAAGGCCGAAAAGGACCCUAUCUUCACGCGGGCCUGGAAGGAGACCCAACCUAAGACUAUCUACGCCGAGCUCAGUGACGAGGAGGAACCUGAGCCAAACAGGAAGCGUGCAAAGCGAUAG